AUGUCCUCUCGGUCCUCAAUUACGAAUCCCACCCCGCCCAGUCCGCUGGACCCGUUCCCUUCAUAUUCUGCUGAUUUCGCUGGGUCGAGCAGCAGCUCUCUGGUACAUCGUGGUAAUACCAGGGCAAUUGCACCAUUUCUCUCGAGCUCGCCGGAAGAUGCCGAUACAACGCACGAACGACAUAGGGCAUAUUCCGUAAAUAUGGAUCGCAAAAGGAGAUUUACCGCUACCGCGAAUGAUGACGCAACUCUACACAGGCAGCCGUCUGCCUUGAGCGGACCAAGCUCUUUGUCACAUAAUAGACUUCAACAAGACAGACCACUGCCGUCGCUGCCUGUCGGUGAUGACCGUAACAACUUUAUACCUUCCGAAAUGCCAGGUUCCUCGCGGGAAAAUGCCAUUGAUCUUACAUCUCCACCUUCGCUUGUUGCCAGUACUUCUGCUUCUCUGUCCCGACAACAUAGUCGCAGCCUAACUACGGUGCAUCAACAGCGCCGACAAAAUUUCAUGGAGUACACGUUACCCCGUUGGCAGCCCGACUCGGAGGUUACGCAUUGCCCUAUUUGCAACUCUCAGUUCAGCUUUUGGUAUCGAAAACAUCACUGUCGCAAGUGUGGAAGGGUCGUGUGUGCAGCGUGCUCUCCUCAUCGCAUAACUAUACCCAGACAAUACAUCGUUCGGCCUCCUGAACCAAUCGAACAAUCGAAUACUGAAACUUCUGUACGCCACAGACGCGAUUCCUCUCGAGCCGUCGCUGAUCUCACAGCCGAUUACAUACGUGAUACAACUACCCCCUUACCAAGCCGACCGCGUCUUGAGACCUACCCUUCCAAUCCUGCACUUGGCGGUGGUGAGGAAGUGCGACUUUGUAAUCCAUGUGUUCCAGAUCCUAACCCAGAUCCACCUUUAAGUUACGGGACUGUUCGAGCUAGCUUUGAUCGUCUUCCGGGUCAGGAUUGGGACGCCACGAUGCCGACAGUACCAAUCAGCCAACGUUUCCAUCAGGCGCGCCGCUCAUUAUCCGGCGCUCAGAUAUUUGGUUCUCGCAGAGAUCAAGAUAGAGAAUCAGAGGACAAUACUCUUCGGAAUCAGGUGUUGGAUGAUUUCCUAGGUCGUCGAACCUCUACUUCUACUCCAGCACCGAUUGAGCCUUUCUAUGGUCACCAACCCGGCUCUUCUCGCAAUGCUUCCUCCUCAAGUCCCAGUCAAGCGCCACAUCAGUCUUCUGCCAGGGUGCAAUCCUACUCUUUUUCAUCACAUAGACCUAGACCACUUGAGACCGAAGCUGGGUUUGUUCCUUUUGGCCCCUCCGGCACCCGGCCUAGGAGAGUACGGUCCAUGGCUGAAUCUGAUCGUACUCGCACGUCCCGUCCUCCACACCGAGUCCAUGUGGAUGAAAGAGAUAUCUGUCCGAUCUGCGGCACGCAGCUACCACCCCGUGGAAGCGAUGGUAACGAGAAUGAGCGAGAAGCGCACGUUCGCGAUUGCAUCGCUAGAUCUUCAGGGGGCGAUCGGUCCUCACCCGGCAUGGGCUCCCCACAAUCACAACACCUUCUACGCAUGCUAUCGUUUACAGCGACUGAAAAAGAUUGUCUCAGUGAAGAUGGCACUCCGCAAGAGUGUACCAUUUGCAUGGAGGAGUAUGAAGUCGGCGAUAAGCUCGCCCGACUGGAAUGUCUAUGCAAGUUCCACAAAUCAUGCAUCGUGGGAUGGUUUGAACGGAAGAAGGAAUGUCCCGUUCACAAGUUCACUUAG